AGCUUCAGAGUCGUCCAGAAGCUCUCAUUGGCCAGCAGCCUCUUCAAAUCUACUGAAGCAACUUCAGUCAGAACAGACUAACACAUCGAAGUCGUAUGUAGCCCUAUUUACCCCGUAAACGUUAUCGCACAUUUAAAUUGCUCGAGAUUGCUGAAGAUUCCAGCUUUCUCAUGCUUUUGUUUUCCCGCCGCUUAUAAAAGACUAUUACAGGAAAUCGCAUACAGGCUGUGCUAUUUCAUCGCAAGAAAGGACUGGAAAAAGAAAUUAACUCUACAGACAUCAAUGUUCUGAAGUAUUGCGCAACACGACCGAGGCAGCUGCGUGACGAAUACAAGGAAAACACCAGGGAUAUUUACUGGCCAUCGUCCAUUUUCAAAAUUUUCGCCAACUUUACCCCCCAGUCCAACAUUAGCAUGAUGUCGUAUCUCAAGCAACCACCUUACACAGUCAACGGACUGAGCUUAACUACCUCCGGAAUGGACCUUCUUCAUCCAUCCGUAGGAUACCCAGCAACACCACGCAAGCAGAGACGGGAAAGAACAACUUUUACGCGCGCUCAACUUGACGUUUUGGAGGCGCUCUUUGGCAAAACUCGCUAUCCUGAUAUAUUUAUGCGGGAGGAGGUAGCGCUGAAAAUCAACCUGCCAGAAUCACGUGUGCAGGUUUGGUUUAAAAACCGGAGGGCGAAGUGUCGCCAGCAGCAGCAGCAGCAGCAGAAUGGAGGUCAGAACAAGGUUCGACCGGCCAAGAAGAAAAGUUCUCCAGCCAGAGAAGCAAGCUCCGAGAGUGGUGCCAGUGGCCAGUUCACUCCCCCCUCCAGCACGACGACAGUGCCGGCCAUUUCAACCAGCACCGCCCCUGUGUCCAUCUGGAGUCCUGCCUCCAUCUCACCCCUGUCUGAUCCUCUCUCUACCUCCUCCUCUUGCAUGCAAAGGUCCUACCCGAUGACCUACACACAGGCCUCGGGAUACAGCCAAGGCUACGCCGGAUCGACUUCGUACUUUGGUGGGAUGGACUGUGGGUCUUACCUGACUCCCAUGCACCACCAGUUGUCAGGCCCGGGUUCAACACUUAGUCCUAUGAGCACGAACGCCGUGACCGGCCACCUGAACCAGUCCCCGGCGCCCCUCUCUACUCAGGGCUACGGAGCUUCGGGACUCGGGUUCAACUCCACGGCGGAGUGCUUGGAUUAUAAAGACCAAGCUGCAUCAUGGAAGCUGAACUUUAAUGCCGAUUGCUUGGAUUAUAAGGAUCAAACUUCAUCGUGGAAAUUCCAAGUCCUGUAAAGAGACUAUAUUGGCCUGUCUGUUACACUGACAGUAAAUCAAACGCAUACCCUUGCCAUUCCUCCACCAGAAGAGUAAAAGACUGAAUAUUGAUGUCAUCAGAAAGGUUAUCAGUGGCUGAGAGGGUUGGUACGGUGUGUUUGGCCCUACAAUAUAAUAAUUUAUUCUAGCACUGGAAAGAGAUUUUCUUUUCAUUCCCCUGACAGGUUGUAGCCUCCUCAUCUGUAUGUGUGUGUGUGCCUCUAUGCUUAAACACCUGUUGGGUCAUGUAACGAAAACUCAAAGUGGACUCUAACAAAAUAACAAAUACACCAGAGCCACGGAUGAAAUCCUCAAGAACAAAACGACAAGUGAGGCCAAUCUUUUUUGGUUAAGAGUGUGAGAUGGACAGGCCUCCUUAAAGCUUCUUACAUCAUGCCGACCUUUUGGCAGAGGGACACGUUGAUCAGGAGGGUGCCUGGACUGCACGCCUCGCCGGGCGACAUGGAUGCACUACUUUAUUUAAGAAAAAGUGUUUAUAAGGAAUCAAUAUGUAGUUUCUAAGAGACAAUCAGUGUGUGUCUUAUAUAAAUGGUACAUAUGUGUUUUUUUUAUCUGUGAUAGCCUUCGAAACUGUGAUCUGUUGUAUUGUAUGCAAUUUGUGAGUUCCCUCGCAUCAGCAAAUACACUCUGCUGUGAUUUUAAUAGAUUUUUAACUUUUUGAACAACAUAAAAUGCUAAUGGUUAAGUAAUUAUAAGCAAGAGACAAAAUACUGUCCAAACUCACGGUAGAGCUCUGGAAGCCUCAAUGGUUGAGAGCUACUAGACUUGCGCGUCCUCUUCAUAUAGCCCAUCUCACACACGCUGAUUAUGGAUAUUACAUGGCUCCAAAGAUGGUGUGACCCCUCACCGUUAAAAAGACAUGAAUAAAGGUCCUGUGAUCUGACCCUCUCAUUUAUCAA